AAGAGGGUACGUUCGUAAGAGUUGCAACAGUUCGUUGUCAUUCUUCCAAUAGAAAUGAUAGCAACAGGCGAUAUCGUCGUUACAUUGGCACUCGUUGCCGUUGUGGCUUUCUUUUUUAAGAUCUACGCCAAAUACAAAUUGAAUUAUUGGAAAAGACGAGGCGUCGAAUCUUUGCCGGCUAAUUUAAUAUUCGGUAACUUUAAAAAUGCGAUUCUCUUUCGUUCAGCUCCAGGAUGGCAUUUAGGACAAAUUUACAAAAAAAGCAAUCAGGAUGCACCGUACGUUGGUUUUUACAUCUUUCACAAGCCCUGCUUGCUCCUGCGUGAUCCUGAUGUCAUCAAGCAAAUCAUGAUAAGAGAUUUUGACAAUUUCUCCGAUCGACACUUUGCCGGUUCGAAUCAAAAGGACAGCAUCGGAAUGAAGAAUCUCUUUGGCCUGAAAAAUCCAGCUUGGAAGUAUCUCAGAUCGAAAAUUACGCCGACUUUGACGCGUGGAAAACUAAAGCAAAUGUUUCCACUUAUGAUGGAAAUUGGCAAUCCGAUGAUGGACUAUCUGAACAGCCAACCUACGGAUGAAAAUAAUGUCAAAUUCGUCGAUGCUCAAGAACUUAGCUACAAGUACACUACGGACUUGAUCGCUUCUAUCGCGCUUGGUACGAAAAUGGAUUCCUUCAAUUAUCCCAAUGCUGAAUUUUCUGCCGCUGUUUCGGAAUUUUUCCAUGGAUUCAAAAGAAUGGUCGCCCUCGUUACGGUUUUCUUUAUACCCGAACUGGUUGAGAUCAUCGGCACGAAGAUACUCUUCAAUUCCACUUUCGUGAAAAAAAUCUUUUGGAAUGCUAUGGAAAAUCGUGAGAAGACCGGCGAAAAGAGAGGAGAUUUCAUCGAUUCGUUGGUCCAAUUGAAAAAUGGGAAACAGAAUCCGGAUUACAAAUUCGAGGGUGAAAAUCUUCUCUAUCAAUCGGGCACCUUUUUCUCCGGAUUCGAGUCGAGCUCGACGUGUAUGUCGUUCACUCUUAUGGAGCUUGCCAAUAAUAUGGAAUGUCAGGAACGCGCAAGGAAAGAUAUUAAUAAUGCCAUCGACAAAUAUGGCUGGACUUACGAAGCUUUCAACGAGAUGAAAUAUCUUGAUCAGACUAUAGCAGAAGGUUUGCGAUUGCAUCCACCUGUAUCUACGAUCGAUCGAUACACUCGUCAAGAUUAUCAGAUACCGGGCACUAAUACAAUCAUCGAAAAAGGCACUCCAAUUUAUAUAUCUCUUUACGGUCUUCAAGAGGAUCCGAAAUAUUUCGACAAUCCGGAAGUCUAUAAUCCAGAUAGAUUUACCGAAGAGAAUAUUAUUUCUAAUGCGUAUAUACCAUUUGGCAUAGGCCCCAGGAUGUGCGUAGGAAUGAAAAUUGGUCAGCUUCAUGCAAAAAUAGUACUUGCCUUUCUUCUACGGGAAUAUACGAUUUGGCAAGAAGAGAAAGAUAAAAGCGUUCUGGAUCCACGUUCGACGUUCACAGCUUCAGCAAAUGGAAUAAAUCUUCACUUUAAAAAGAUAAUACGAUCAGAUUUUAUCAUUGGAGUACUGCUCUUCGUUCUUACUCUUAUCUUUUUACUUUAUCUUUGGAUGAAACAUCGUUAUUCUUAUUGGGAAAGACGAGGAGUACCUUCUGUGCCAAUAUAUUCAUUGCUACAUCAUUUUAAAGAUACUUUUUUCAUGCGCAAAUCGAUUAGCAUGGUACUCGGUGAUCUUUAUCUCCAGGCGAAUGAUAAGGACAAAUUUAUUGGAAUAUAUAUUUUACACAAGCCUUUUCUGCUAAUCAGGGAUAAGGAUCUCAUAAAAUCCAUGCUAAUCAAAGAUUUCGACAUCUUUUGCAAUCGAUAUUUCUCGAUCAAGGCGUCCAAAGACUUAGCUACCAUGAAUCUUUUUUCCGUAAAUAAUCCUACGUGGAAGCAUCUUAGAAUAAAAAUGUCGCCUGUUUUUACGAGUGGAAAGAUAAAGAAGCUUUUUUAUCUCAUGCACGAGACUUCCGAAACGAUGAAAAAUUUUCUUCACGAACGAUCGAAUAAAAGUUCUACUGUCACGAUCAAUGCUAAGGACGUGUUUUUGAAAUAUAGUACCGAUAUUAUAUCUACCGUGGCUUUCGGGAUUCGAACGAAUUCCUUCGAGGAAUCUGAAUUCUAUCUACAGAGCCGUUUGCCCUUCAAGCCAACCUUUAGAUCGAUGUUUACGAUGUUGCUAGCUUUCUUCUUUCCCGAGCUAACCGAUAAAGUCGAAUUUAAAAUGAUGGGAGAAGCUAGAGAAUACUUUGAUAAACUUUUCUGGGAUACCUUCAACGAACGAGAAAAAUCUGGAAUGAAAAGAGGAGAUCUAAUCGAUUACCUCAUAGAGUUAAAAAAUGAGAAACAGAACGAUGAAUUCAAAUUCGAAGGAGACAUAUUACUCGGCCAAUCCCUAAUAUUUUUUAUCGCCGGUCGAGAGAGCACCACGACUACUAUAUGCUAUGCCCUUGCGGAACUUGCCAAGCAACCAAAAUUACAAGACAGAUUGAGACAAGAAAUUCGUAAAAUAUUAAAAUCAAACGGGUUCACUUACGAAGCCGUGCAACAGAUGAAAUACCUGGAUCAGGUGAUUUCGGAAACUCUCAGAUUAUAUCCGCCAGCGCCGAUCAUAGAUAGGGUUGCUACGCGAGAUUACGUGAUUCCCGGAACAGAUGUAGUUUUAGAAAAAGGAACACCCGUUUAUGCGGUACUAACUGGCAUACAUCUAGAUCCCAAGAACUUCCCGGACCCAUUAUAUUUCGAUCCUGAUAGAUUCAGCGACGAAAGAAAAGGCGAUAUUCCUGCAUAUGCUUACAUGCCUUUCGGCGAUGGACCAAGGAUCUGCAUCGCCAUGAGGGUCGGCUUAUUGCAAACUGCAGUUGCUAUCAUCACGGUAAUUAAUAACUAUGAAGUGUCAUUGAAUCUAACGGGAAACUAUAAACCAGAUCCUCAUAAUAUGUUUUUAACGCCUUGUGACAACUUCUUGCUGCAUUUAAAGAAAAUAACUGUGGACGAUUAAAAAUGUAAAAUAUCUAUUAUAACGAUUACAAUAAUUGUCUAAGUAAGAACGUAGUAAUGAUAAAGAAAACUAAGAUUAAUAUACUAUAUAUACAAUUUUUUAACUUUAUAAAUAAAUAUACAUGUAUAUUAUAUAAAAGAA